AGCGCAUUGCCAAGCAAACUGCCAGCCAGGACCUGCGCUAUAGGCAUCCAGACCGCCCGCACACUCCCAGCAUGGCGCCCGCUGUUUCCCGCAAAGGUAAUGCUGUCAUGACGGCUCGCUUCUUGCACAAGACGCGCCUGUGUACUUACUAUGCGAAGGGUUACUGCGCCCGAGGGGAAGACUGCAGCUUUGCGCACGGGAGCGACGACGUGCGCACAGCUCCGGACUUCUCGUACACUCAGCCGUGCAAGAGCUUCGUGAAGACCGGGACGUGCAGGCAGGGCGACGCUUGCAAGUUCGCCCACGCCCCGGGCAAGAUGCUGCCUUGGAAAUGCAGCGAGGCGGAGCACGACGAGCACGGUUCGCGGUGCGACCUCGAGGAGCGCGCGCGGGAGUGCGACCCGCCGAGGGCCGUGCAGCGCGAGCGGCAGCAACGCGCACCGUGCUUGGCCCCGUGGGCCCUCGACGGCCGCUCCGUGACCGCCGUCCCGGCCCCACGCCUGCGGGAGGUGACCGCGCUCCGUGGGCGGGAGCUGCCGUCGCAGUUAAAGGCCACCGUCAAGCGCACGUUCCUCCACUUCUUCGUGGCGGAGGAGGAGGAGGAUGACCGGAUCGGCUGCUGCCGCCGCUGUUCUUCGGCGCCGCCGGUGGCCCGGCUGGACUAGGUUCCAGGAUCUACAAGGCGCUUCUCUUGCCGCGGCCCAGGCACAGCGCUUGGUACUACACUCAGGCCAGGCUCCAAUGCUCAGCUGCGAGUGCUGGUUCCCUCACGGGUGCUAGCUCGCAGCGACAGGCAUCGUUGUGCGUUUUUCAGCAAGGGUGCCCGAUGGUGUCCAGAUAAUUACAAAGGCGCGUGCUCAUCAUGAUUGCCUAGGCACGAAGCCUCAUGGAUCCAUGGCCGACCCGACCCUC